CAUAAAUAUAAAUAGGUUAUAAUAAUACAAACAACUUUCGAUAAGGGUUACCAGAAGCCUGAAUGGGUUUCCGUUUACCACUUCAUCUUCUUCCUUGAAACCACGCAUCUCAUGGCAAUGGCACUCGACGCUGCAGUUUGGAUCGCAAAGAUGACAUGGAUUGCUCUCAGUGGCUGGAUUAGUUCUUGUUUAACUGUUGCUGAUGAAUUUGCCUCUUCUCUACGUUCUGGCGAUAUUGGCCCUUUUCAUGUGGGUUGACUCAAUCAUGUCUCUUUCUUGCAACGGGCUUUGCUUUAAGUAGUUUGUUGUAUAUGAUAACCAUUGAGCAUCUGCUUAGGGAUCUGCAGUUCUUCUUUAGCCAAAGAAACAUUAUAUUAGAGCAUAGCAUAUUUUCUCUUUAUUAUUUGCAAGUAGUGUAAAAUGUGUCCAAUCCAAUCAAUAAUCUUGUGACCUUUUCAUUGUAUCUAAUCCUAAUUUAACUUUACCCUUGUGUGUGGUGCAAUUUCUUGACCAAUUAGAUAAUGUGAUGAAUAUUGUGGUGUGUCAGCUGUAUGAAGUUAAACCUUAAGAUGUCAUAAAAGCUUUCUGGAAAUUAUUAUAUUGUGCUGAGGCUAA